UUAUCUAUCAUCAGUCAUAGGACAUUUCAAACACCCUGGGUCUCACUCUCUUGCAUUAUUAUCUUCCGCUAGCACUUUCUAUCAAUCCAGUUCUCCCAGAGAUCUGCCACAUUACACGCUUUUUAUUCCAUUCCAAAUCGCACAAUGUCGUGGCAAACACUGACUCUUCCUCCGACGUUUAACGCCGCCUCGUUUAACACCGCGUUUACCGCCGCGCCAGGAAACACGAACAGCGCGGCAGCCGCGCCGCAGACUGAUGCCACGCAGGCGAAGAAGCGCGUGAUUCCAAACCAUUUGGUCGUGCGAAGCCAGCGCAAGGUCAAUGAUGCAGCACUCAAGUUGUCGCUCAAUGGGGAGUCUGCCGGCUAUAACACCUCCUUGAGCUUCGGUGCCGGUAGAAACUUGCACUCCCCCGCGUUCACGUCCAACCAAGAGGGCACCGACGACGACGCGCCGCCGAUGAAGUCAAUCUAUGAUUUGAGAGAGGAGGACGAGACCAAGGAUGACAGCGCGUUGCUCAACUCGUUCGUCCACAAGGACCCGAAGGAGUUCAACAAUGUAUUCAACAAGACGCGAAACUCGUUGAACGUCGGCGCUAAGCCGGAGACGGCCGUGUUGGCCCCUAUGGCAAACGGUGAGAGUGCUGUCUUGGUGUUUGGGUACCCUGAGUCCAUCGCAAAUGAGGUCAUCUCUCAUUUCAACCAGUAUGGCCUGAUUAUGGAAGACUUUGCGAUCGUGCGCAACCGCAACAACAGCGCCUUUACGCCAUCCAAGGGCCGCUCGCCGGCCUCCGCACCCAUCUUCAGCGGUGAGGGCUGGGUUAAACUCACCUAUGACAACCCAUCGUCCGCGAUGCGUGCAUUGGAGGAUAAUGGGAUUUACUACAACGGUUCGCUCGUCGGUGUGGUGCAGUAUACGAAGGCUGCGGUUGAGAAGUUGACCAACCGCAAGAUCUCCAACAAGGAAGAUGUCGGUGAAACCAGACUCCCUGUCGUGCAGACCGUUAAGCCGGACGAGAAGGCCGUCGAAAGCUUGUUUAACCUGAGCUUGGAGUUGAAAGAUGGCCGCAGCUUGUUUUUCAACGAGACUGAUGCGAGCAAGAAGGCACAGAUUUCGAAGGUCGAGGGUGAGAAGACCUCCGUGUUAGGCAAGCUUGGCAAGCUCGUGUUUGGGUUUGAUGCCAUCUAAUGUAACAUGGUAUAGUAGGUAUAGACAUUGAUGUAGUAUGAUGGAAUACUAGUAAUUCCUUUGGUCCCUUUCUGCAUAUACGUAUAUUUAAUCAGUAUAUGUAUAUAUUAAAAUAAAUUAGUCAAAGUAUAAG